AUGGCCCAAUGGCUUCGCUCAAUUCAAGGUCAAUUGACCGAAUUCGCUACCGAAGUUUUGAAUGAAGCGACAUCAGAAAAUGCUGAUGAUGGGGAACAAAGAAGAGAGAUCGAUACCCAAAUGGACGAUGAUCCAACUGCUCAGCAAAAAAUUGUCUCCUUGGAAAAACAUAUAAAAGAACUGCAGGAACAGUUGACUGAGUUGAACUCGGAUAUGGAAACGAUCGAAAUUCGACAUAGUACAAGUUUGAGAAUAAAAGAAGAAGAGGUUGAUCAAUUGAAGAAUCAAAUGGAACUCAGCUUGCAGUUGGUUCGACAAAAGAAAGACAAUGAGAUGCGAGAUUUGGAAAAGCGACUUGAAGAUAGAUUCUUUGCGAUUGUUGGAUCAAAAGAUGAGGAAAUUGGGAGGUUAAAUGAAGAGCUUGAGGAAUUGCGAUCAAUGUUGGUACAGGAUUCAAAUCAAAACUUUGAAAUGCUGCCAGGGAGAGAUGAGGAAAUAGCGGAGAGAAAUCGACAGAUUGAAGGGUUACGAAGACAAGUGGAAGAGUUGGCAAAUCAGUCAAGUGGAUCAAGUGUGAAAGUGGAAAGUGUGGAAAAUCUUUCGGAAAGAGCCGAAGAAUUGAUGGAGAAAGAUCGAGAGAUUGGCGAGUUACGACGACAAAUCGACGAGAUGAAUCUGUUUGUGAAUCAAUCGAGACAAGAGAUCGAAAGUGUUGAGACGUUGUCGAAUAAAACCGAGGAAUUGAUUGAGAAAGAUCGAGAAAUUGAAGAAUUACGGAAUCAAAUCGAUGCAAUGAAUGCUGCUUUUCAAGAGGCUCAACACGAGAAACGCCCUGAAUUCUCGAAUCUUGAGCAAGAAUUAAUCGAAAAAGAUCAAACACUUCAUGCAUUGAGAAAUCAAAUUGAAGUAAUGCGAUUGGAGUUGAAUGAGACACGAGAUGAGCUCGAGAAUAACGCGCAUCGAUUGGAUGAACUGAUAGCGAAAGAACGAGAGAUUCAAGAACUUCGAUUGGAAAAUGAGAAGCUGAGUUUGCAAAUAAACAACUAUCAGCAGCAAAAUCAAGAACAAGAUACACAGAACGAGGCGGUGAUCGACAAAGAUCGACAAAUUGGAGAGCUCAACAAGCAGAUCGAAGAAAUGACACUGAAGUCGACAAAGCAAUUGACAGAGGAUCACGCGAAUGUGUUAAUGAUUCAACAACUGGAAGAAGAGCUGGAGACAGUUAGGGAGAGUUAUGAAGAGGAUAAAAGAAGAGCUAUUGCUACAUCACAAGAGUUGCAGAAACGAUUAAACGAAGCAAUGGAGGGUUCGAGUAAUUUGAAAGAGAUGACAAUGAAGAAAAUGGGAGAGAUUGGAGAAGAGAAUGAAAGAUUGCGAGAGUAUAUCACUCAACUCGAAACAAAAGGACUUGAGAUCAAUGAUGAGAGGGCGAAAUUCUUGGAGACAAAAAUGAUGGAAACCGAGGAGAAAUGCGUAUUUCUGAUGAAUGAAUGCAAGAAGAAAGAUCAUGAAAUCGAAAGAAUUUCCAAUUACUGUCGACAAACGGAAGAAAAGAUCUCAGAGAGUGGAAAUCUAGAAGAAAAAAUGAAACAUUUGGAAACAAGCUUGGCGAAUUUUACUGAAGAAAAGCAAUUCUUGUUGAACGAAAGCCAGAGAAAAGACGCUGAGAUUCAGAAACUUUCAGAAUAUUGUGCAAAUGUUCAACAAGAAGCUUCGAAUGAAGUGAUCAAUGAAGAAAAGAUAAAACUUUUUGAGAAUAAAAUCGCAAGUUUGGAGGAGGAAAAUCGAGGAUUCGUUGAGAAAUGCAAUGGAAAGGAUACGGAGAUUCAACAGCUUUCAAUUCUGUGCAACAAUUUUCAGGAAAAUCUUUCAAAGGAAACUGUUGACAAUGAAAAGUUAGCAUCGUUAGAAGAAAAAUAUGCACAAAUGGAGAAAGAACAAAGGGGAACAGUGGAAGAAUACAGGAAAAGGGAACGGGAAAUUGAGAGACUGAAGGCACAUCUACUACAAAUUGAGGAAACAAGCACAAAAGAAGCGAUUGAGGCACAAAAUAGAGAAGAAACUCUAAAAGAGUACAUCGUUUUCUUGGAGAAUACUCGCUCUAGUUAUUCACAAUCUUUUGAAGAAACAAAUCAACACUAUCAGGUAGAAAUGGAUCAUUUAAAAGCACGUCUGAAAAGUGUCGAGGCGGAAAACACGCACCUAAAUGCACGAUAUGAAGAGGAGAAUCGAAUCCGAGUCGAAACUCAGAACUCAUUGACGUCAUUGCAAUCGGUGGUUAGAGAGCUGGCAUCAGACGCAGAAAAGGACAAUGCAGCGAGUGGACAUGAAAGACUUCGAUUACAAGAUACAUUGGAUAAAAGACACCAACAAGUCGCUGAAUUGCAACGGGAUUUCGAGAGGGUUUCGCUUGAUAAACAAGCUCUAGAGGAGAAUAUUGACGUGUUGAACAAUCUUCUUUUAUCAAAUCGACGCAUGGUUGAGGAGCUGGAGUUGCAGGUGGCUCAAGCUCGAGUGCCCAAAAAUCGAGAGGAGACAAAAAUCGAUGACGCUAUUUUGCGAGAGCUUUUCUUGAGCUAUUUCAUGGCGGCUCCCGAUCGGAAAAACGAUAUCGCUCUCCUAUUGGCGAAAAUCUUGGAAUACUCACAAGAGGAUUAUGAAACGAUUCAAAAGAGUCUAAACGCGAAGAGCGUCUAUCCAUCACAAAAGCAGGCAUCGAUAAACAUCGUCGAGCAAUUCGUGCGUUAUUUGGAAACGGAAAGUGAAUCCUCUCGAACAGCUCCACAAUUACCGUUACCGAAAGAAUCACGUCCGAUGGAUACACAGCAACUAUCACCAAAAUCCGAUCUACGAUCCUCGGACUCGGCAACGACUUUACAAAAUUUGCUUCGUCAA